GUGGAUGAGUAUUGUUCAGGAAUCAACUUUCCCACGAGGCGCCUCCUCCUGGGCAGACCUGAGCAGCGAUGCCGCUGCAGACCACCGCCUAACGAUUCCUCAGCAGGAGGAAGUCCGCCGCGCUUCGUGGAGCGGCGGGGCGGAGGGAAUGGCUCCCGAGAGCCAAUCUGGCUCAUUCAGUAGUAGGAGAUCUCUCGCGUUAAUAUUCGGUUCUUUAGGAAAAGGUAAGAGGUAUGCCCGACGUCAGGAGAUGGCGCGCAGCAAGACACUCACCCGACCGGAAGGUGCUAGACCCAGCAGUCAGUUUUAUGUGGACCUUCCCAAAGACGACAGUGCUGAUAGCGCGCUCCCCGCUGAACACACAUCCUGUAACACUGAAUCCAGAGAAGAGACACUCCCGGCCACAGCUGAACAAAAGCAGGAGAAGCAACAACAGCAGCCUCAACACCAGGCUUCAAAGUCACCUAUCAGCCCCGGUGGAACCCCUCUCCGUGGAGUGUUGGUGUUACCCGCUGCGGCGCGACAGUCCUCUGCUUACCUAGUUAGGGCACGGCUUUUUUCAGGGGACUCCAGCCCACCUCCAUCGCCUAAGGGCACCAUGGGCUCGGCACCUUCCAUUCACAACCAGGAGGAGCCGAGAGAGGCCAUUGCGCCGUAUGUGGUGCAGCAAUACGGCAGCAUGCUUGCAGAGCUUACUCAGCGCUGCAGAAUUAAACAGCACGCAAGUCAGGUUAGGACUGAGUUAGGUGAAGAAGACGACACUGACUCCGGGGACGAUGAGGAAGGAGAAAGGGAAGAGGAAGAGAAAGGCAGUGAAGCCGAAGUGGAGAACACCAAUGAAGCGGCGCUUCAAAGGACUGACACCUCUACAUCAGAGGCAGCAGAAAGUGACACUCUUACUAGCAGCAUGACUACUGAAGUGUUGUGUGAGACUAACCAACUGACCUCUAAUUUCACUGAUCCCACUCCAACCCCUAGUCCUGAACUAACCUCUCUGGAGAAACGAGAGAGAAAGAUUUUUCUUAUCGCACAGGAAGUCAUGUCGUCCGAGCGGGUGUUUGUAGAUGUGUUGCGUCUCUUGAAUGCAGACUUUCGUAAGUUUGUGUGUGAAUGGCGAGAGGGGAGUGAGGACCAGGGUAGUCAAGGGCAGCAGGACGCCCCGCUUAGCCCUGUCUUGCCCUUUCACGAGCUCGACAAGGUCCUCAACUACCUGCCACAAUUACAGAAUCUGAAUGAGGAGAUCCUGAGUGACCUCGAAGUACGCAUCGCAGACUGGGAUGGACGCAAGAAGAUUUCAGACGUCAUCGUGCGCAAGGGGCCCUUCCUCAAACUCUAUUCAGCCUACAUACGAGAAUUUCAGAACCAGAGUGACCAUCUCGACUACUGUUGCCAGACCUAUCCUAAUUUUGCAUGUGCUCUCAAGGCCUUUGAGUCCUCAGAGAGGUGCACCAAACUUAACCUGAAACACUACAUGCUCAAGCCCGUACAGCGGAUCCCCCAGUACCGCCUUCUGCUAGAGGAGUACCUCAAGUACCUCCCAGAGAAUCAUCCUGACUACGUGGACACCCAGACCGCCCUUGCUAUCGUCGCCAAUGUUGCCUCGCACGCCAACGACACCAUGAAGCAGGGGACCAAUUUCAUGAAGAUCUUGGCGCUGCAGGAUCGUCUAAGCAGCGGCGGUAGCGGAGGCGGCGGCGACCACGAAGGGAAAGGCCCCCGCUACGAACUGCUGCGCCCCGGCCGAUACCUGUUGAAAGAAGGAGAGCUGCUCAAACUCUGCAGAAGAGAGAUGCAGCCGCGGUACUUUAUUCUGCUGUCGGACGUCCUGCUCUAUACCAGCUUCGCCAACAGUAGCCCCGGCGGCGCCCUCAGACUCAACUACGAGCUGCCGCUGGAGGGCAUGAGAGUGGAGACGCCACGGGCCGAGGAUUUCAAGAAUGAGUUCAGCGUCAUCUCCACGUCACGUUCCUUCACGCUUCAGGCAAGCUCAGCGGAGGAGCGCGACGAGUGGCUGAGGGCGCUGAGGGAAGCCAUCGCCGAUAAUGCCUCCCGCCGGUCCACCUUCCAGCAGGUCCACCUCCUGGAGAGGCUGCCCUCGACCUCCUUCACUCUUGGCAAGCAGGCUCCAGUGUGGAUCCCUGACUACAGGGUGACCAUGUGCCAGCACUGCACCGCUACAUUCACCCUCACCUUCAGGCGCCACCACUGUCGUGCCUGUGGGAAGGUGGUGUGUGAUCCUUGCUCAUCCAACCGCGCACCUCUGCUGUACAAGAAGAACAAGGUGGAGAGGGUGUGUGAUCUUUGCUUUGAAGUACUGCAGCAAGACUUUGAAAAGAAGUCUAAAGAUCUUCAGGAAAAUGGGCAGCAUCAGCAGCAACAUGAGGAUGGACAAAAGGGGAAAGAGCCAGACAAUCUGAAGGCUCAGUUUCGGCGAGGCAUGCGAGAGUCAAAGUCCAACAGGAUCCGUAAUAAGAGAAAGGUUCCAGAAAGGCUAAUGGAGGUGUGUGCUAACGACAUCUCAUCCCAAAUGAGUGGAUACCUGCAGAUGAUGGUACGGCGUUCCUGGCGGCGGGGCUGGUUCGUGCUCAAGGACCGUGUGCUGUAUGAGUACCGUGCACCACAGGAUGUUUGUGCCCUAUACAGCCUCCCAGUGCUUGGCUACAAGGUGGAAGCCAUCAACAAGGACCGGGAGGUGACUGAGGAUGUAGAUGACUGCCUUGCCUUCCAGCUCACCCAUCUUAACCAGUCACCACUUAUCUUUCAAACCGACUCUCCACAUCUAGCUGAGAAGUGGAUUCAAGCCAUGAAAGAUGCAGUUGUGUUGAACUGAACAGAUGGAAUGAGUUGAAGAGUUAAAGGUCUGAGGGCAGCUGCUCCCCUUAGGUGUUUGUACUACUACUUUGUUCCUAAGGCAACAAUCAGGCAGCUGCUACAACCCUAUGGGUGAUCUGAUGCAACUCAGAGAUGUCAUGCAUAGUGGUGAGGUGACAUCCACUCUGUGCCACUCAAGAGAAACCAAAGGAAUAAGAUCUGCAUUUAAAAUUGCUUCGUGGAGUGAUCUGGAUGACUGUAUAAAUAUACUCAAGGAGGAGAGUAUGUCAUCUAUCUUAAGAUGUUUGAAGCAGUUUAAACUUUGUUUCAACUUGUUGGUAAUGGAUACAUCUGAAAUCUUUGAGACAUUGACUGAAAUGAGAAUCAAGUCACAAAUUUUCAUGUCUCAGGGUAUUGCAACAACGAAUGUCAUUCCAUUUGUCUUUUGGUAUUUUAAAUAGUAUGGAAAUAAAGAGCACUGAAGUUGCAGCUUUUUAUAAGUCAUUGUUCUAAAGGUGACAUUCAUAAUUAACUGAAGAAAGUUGGUCAGUUUUUUUUUUUUUUUUUUUUUUUUCAGAUACAUACUGAAACCUUGCCAAUGAUAUCUUCUACGUCUUUCCAAGUCUGUGAUGCAUUGUACGUUCUCUGUAACAUUACUGUUUAAUAAUUGUAACCAAGUUUAGGGUGAUGAAUCAAGAUGGUGAUGUAAAUAUUUGUAUUAUGAUUAUAUAAUUAGUUUAUAUGAGUCUACCCUACAGGAUUGUUUGAAAUAAUAUACAUUUGAGGUAAGUUAAUAUUUUUUUUGUUGCAGUUGUUCCUGAGUUGGAAUUGCUUUUAUCUCAGCCAAUCUCCUGGCAAUAAAAUGGUGCCAUUGUCAUGUGCUCCUCACUGUUUUUUGUAACUCUUCAACUGUAUAUGUUUGCUUCUUGUAAGAUAAGAAUGAUAGCCAAUUGUACAAUAAUAUACAUAUAAUAUAUCAACAAGAAAAAAAUAGAAGCACUAUUCUUACAAUGCUAUCUCUAGUCUGCCAUGGUGAUGUGUACAGUAACUUCAUUAAAAAAUUAUGCAAACAUUUUAUUCACAUUUUCCUCAGAUUGGUUUGGGUUUCUAACAAUCCUACCUGCAAUUCCAUAUGUAAACAUUUAUACCUGCUUUAAUAAUUAACUUAAUUUGUUUUUAUAUGUAGACUUCCAUAAGUCAGUAGCAUGGAUAUGGACUUGCCACAUUUUAUUUAUUUUUCAUUGCCUAAUUGCAUUAGGGUGGCUCCUCCUGUACUAUGUCCCAGCUGUCUUAUCUUGUCAUAUACUCAAUAAAUAAUUUGUUCUCUAAAA